GUUCAUGACUGUAUGUGAGUGUGAAUCUAUGCCUAUCUGUUGACUAUGCUACCGUGGUUCAAUAUUGUGUAUGCAUUUUGGAAGUGUGUAAAUCCCUCACAGGGCUGUUGUGUGAGCAUGUGUCUUAUGAGUGAACAUCUCAGAAUGUCUGUGCAAGGUGAAUCUUUUUGUGCCUGUGUGCUUGUGUAUCAGUUUUGUGUGUCUGUGUGUGCUUGUAGUUCUGUGUCAUGUGUGUGAGGUGUGUAUCAGCUAGGGUGUGCAUUUGGGCAUCUGUUGGUGUGCAGAUAUAUCAGUUUUGUGACCAUGCAUCGUGGGGAUAUGUGAAGUUGUAUGAGUGUGUGUGAGUGUGUUUGGACGUUUAAAAGCAUGCACCUGUAUAUCUUUGAUUGUGCAAGUGAGUAUAUACGUGUGUGCCCCUGUGUGUUGGCUAGUGUGCACGUGUUUCUCUCUUAUAGGCGCAUGUAUCCGAUUGUCUGCAAGAAGGCACAUGGGUUUCUCUGUUGUGUGUGUGCAUAUGUAUAUAUGAAUGUGCAAGGGAAAGUCAAUGUUGUACAUGUGUGGUUGUGUGCAGGUUGUGUGCAGGUUGUGUCAACCUUGAGGGUGUGGGUCUAUGUUGUGAGUCCAUUUAUGUGUCAGUGUUGGUCUCUGGGGACUGGUCUAUGUGCAGGGCGUAUGCACACAUGUGCCUGUCUUCCUGGCAUAAGGCUGACCCCACUUCUUGGCCCAGUGAGAUUUGGGCCCAUGUGGUGUGACCCGUGGUAUGCUGGGGUCCAUCCAGGGGGUCCAAGGACACAAGGGCGUCCACAUGCUGGGCUAAGAGGCCAUGGAGGGUGGGGGGCACACAUCAUGCUGGUGGGUCCAUGGAAAUCCAGAUGUAGAGACUUGGGCCCAUGUGGGUUUUGGCAUGUCCACACAUGUUGGUGUGACAAUGGUGUAAUGGCAAGGAUGGGGACCGCUGGUUCUUUCCUACCCCCAGUACCACUCAGCUCUUUGAAGUUGGAGGACUAGGAUGUGAACUCUGGAAGGAGGAGACUGGAAGCCUGGAAUCCUGGAUCUGAGAAGGCUGCUGGGAGGCCAGAUUCCUGGGUCUUGAGAAAGGAAGAAACUGAGACCUGGACUCUGGAGUUUGAAGGAGGAGGAAGCUGGGGUUGUAGACACCAGGGUGGAAGGAAGGGGAAGGGGCUGCGGUUCCUGGCCUCUUGGGCCCACAGAGGACAAAGAGUUAAAGCCCCGGACUCCUGGGUUUUGGAGGGUGAACAGUCCUGAGACCCAGACUGCCUGGAUUCCAGAAACAACUCACUGGGUCUGUCUGAGCCUAUGCAGAGCCUGCAGCAGGAGGGCUGAGAGAAUGAUCACACCAGGGACUUCCUUGGCUGAGAUGGUCUCUGAGGCAGGUCUUCAAAGAGGAGCCAGAAGGAUGCUAAUAGGGUCAUUUUGUUCCUUUGCAGGUACCGGCCCAGGCCCUAACUCCCUGCAGAGAGGUGAGUGGGGUCCCUCAGGCUGGGGAGAGAGAUGUGGAGUGAUUGGGCCUGUUCUGAGCCAGCUGGAGGCCUGGAGCCCUGCCUGAUGAAGAAACCGAGAUUCAGAGAGGUUCAGACACUUGCCCGAGGUCACACAGCUAGUCUCCCGCCCCACUCCUCCUGCCUUCCCGCUGCACCAUGGCUCCGGGCCCCUUCUCCUCGGCGCUCCCCUCGCCGCCACCUGCCGCCCUGCCCUUUCUGCUGCUGCUCUGGGCCGGGGCAUCCCGUGGGCAGCCCUGCCCCGGCCGCUGCAUCUGCCAAAACGUGGCGCCCACGCUGACCAUGCUGUGCGCCAAGACCGGCUUGCUCUUCGUGCCGCCGGCCAUCGACCGGCGCGUGGUGGAGCUGCGGCUCACUGACAACUUCAUCGCAGCCGUCCGCCGCAGAGACUUCGCCAACAUGACCAGCCUGGUGCACCUCACCCUGUCCCGUAACACCAUCGGCCAGGUGGCCGCCGGCGCCUUCGCUGACCUCCGCGCCCUUCGCGCCCUGCACCUCGACAGCAACCGCCUGGCCGAGGUGCGUGGCGACCAGCUCCGCGGCUUGGGCAACCUUCGCCACCUGAUCCUCGGCAACAACCAGAUUCGCCGGGUCGAGUCAGCUGCCUUCGACGCCUUCCUGUCCACCGUGGAGGACCUGGAUCUGUCCUACAACAAUCUCGAGGCCCUGCCGUGGGAGGCUGUGGGCCAGAUGGUGAACCUGAACACCCUCACGCUGGACCACAAUCUCAUCGACCAUAUCGCUGAAGGUACCUUUGUGCAGCUGCACAAACUGGUUCGCCUGGACAUGACCUCCAACCGCCUCCAUAAACUGCCCCCCGAUGGGCUCUUCCUGAGGUCCCAAGGUUCGGGGCCGAAGCCGCCCACGCCGCUCACGGUCAGCUUCGGCGGCAACCCUCUGCACUGCAAUUGCGAGCUGCUGUGGCUGCGGCGGCUGACCCGAGAGGACGACCUGGAGACGUGCGCCACCCCGGAGCACCUCACCGACCGCUACUUCUGGUCCAUUCCCGAGGAAGAGUUCCUGUGUGAACCCCCGCUGAUUACACGGCAGGCGGGGGGCCGGGCCCUGGUGGUGGAGGGCCAGGCGGUCAGCCUGCGGUGCCGCGCUGUGGGUGACCCUGAGCCCGUGGUGCAUUGGGUCGCACCCGAUGGGCGGUUGCUGGGGAACUCGAGCCGGACCCGGGUUCGGGGGGAUGGGACACUGGAUGUAACCAUCACCACCUUAAGGGACAGUGGCACCUUCACGUGCAUCGCCUCCAACGCCGCUGGGGAAGCGACGGCCCCCGUGGAGGUGUGCGUGGUACCCCUGCCUCUGAUGGCGCCCCCGCCGGCCGCCCCACCGCCCCUCACCGAGCCCGGCUCCUCAGACAUCGCCACGCCCGGCCGACCCGGUGCCAACGAAUCGGCCGCUGAGCGCCGGCUCGUGGCGGCCGAGCUCACCUCGAACUCGGUGCUCAUCCGCUGGCCGGCCCAGAGGCCCGUGCCCGGCAUCCGCAUGUACCAGGUCCAGUACAACAGCUCCGCAGAUGACUCCCUUGUCUACAGGAUGAUCCCAUCCACCAGCCAGACCUUCCUGGUGAAUGAUCUGGCAGCAGGCCGCGCCUACGACCUGUGCGUGCUGGCAGUCUACGACGACGGGGCCACUGCACUGCCGGCCACGCGAGUGGUGGGCUGUGUGCAGUUUACCACUGCCGGGGAUCCCGCGCCCUGCCGCCCACUGAGGGCCCAUUUCUUGGGUGGCACCAUGAUCAUCGCCAUUGGGGGCGUCAUCGUCGCCUCGGUCCUCGUCUUCAUCGUUCUGCUCAUGAUCCGCUAUAAGGUCUACGGCGACGGAGAUGGCCGCCGCGUCAAGGGCACCUCCAGGUCGCCUCCGCGGGUCAGCCACGUGUGCUCGCAGACCAACGGCGCAGGCGCGUCGCAGGCCCCGCCCCCGCCGGCGCAAGACCGUUACGAGGCGCUGCGCGAGGUGACGUCCCCAGCUGCUGCCGCUUUGGCGGUCGAGGCGAAGGCCACCGCCGCCGAGAUGGAUUCCACCGAGCCAGAGGCCGUCCUUGGACGCUCCCUGGGCGGCUCAGCCACCUCGCUGUGCCUGCUGCCGUCUGAGGAAAUCUCUGGGGAGGAGUCUCGGGCCACGGCGGGCCCUCGGAGGAGCCGUUCCGGGGCCCUGGGGCCGCCAGCUUCGGCGCCCCCCACUCUAGCUCUGGUUCCUGGGGGGGCCCCGGCCCGGCCGAGGCCGCAGCAGCGCUAUUCGUUCGACGGGGACUACGGGGCACUCUUCCAGAGCCACAGUUACCCGCGCCGCGCCCGGCGGACAAAGCGCCACCGGUCCACGCCGCACCUGGACGGGGCCGGAGGGGGCGCGGCCGGGGAGGACGGAGACCUGGGGCUGGGCUCCGCCAGGGCACGCCUGGCCUUUACCAGCACCGAGUGGAUGCUGGAGAGUACCGUCUGAGCGGCGGGCCGGCGCCGGGACGCCUGGGUGCCGCGGACAAACGCCCAGCCACCCGGACGCUGGGGCAGGACUCGGGGGCGAAAGCACGGCGCCUAGUGGUCAGACUGGAGGGGGAGACGCGCCCUUCUCCUCCCUGAAGGGGGCGAGGCUGCCUCGUCUGCAGCUCUUGGCCACGCCCCCGGGCCCGGGGGAGUUAGGGGGCGGGCAGCCGGGCCCCCCUCCUCCAAGGACUCCUCGUCCCCCUCCUGCCCCUCCCCCCGCGCGCUCGCGGACCUCGCUGGAGCCGGUGCCUUACACAGCGAAGCGCGGGGAGGGGCAGGGCCCCCCCGACACUGCAGCACUGAGACACGAGCCCCCUCCCCCCCGCCCGGGACCGGGGCAGGGGCGAGGGGCCCAUUUCUUGUAUCUGGCUGGACUAGAUCCUAUUCUGUCCCGCGGCGGCCUCCAAAGCCCCCACCCCCACCCCAUUCACCUCCCUGGUCCCGUCGGGUCUGGCUUGGGGUCCCCCUUUCUCUGUUCCCUUCCUCUCUGUCCCGCCCUAUGUCGUCUUUGUCUUAUGUCUCUGUCCUUCCCUAUUUGUCUCUCUCUGUCCCGCCGUCUCUUCUCCCUCCCAUAUCUUGUCCAGUCUCCCUCUCUCUCCUGAUUACCUCUUCCCACUACACACUCUCCCGGGCAGGUCCCACUGGAAGGACCAGAGUCUCCCCUAUCCCUUCCUCUUUCCCCAAAUAAAUCCCCCCAUGAACAAGAUCCAAAACCAAAUCCUCCCCUCCCUGCCGGAGCCGGGACCCUCCGCCGCAGCAGAAUUAAACUUUUUUCUGUGUCUGA